UUGCUUUUGCAAACAUCACACAUAUUCGACUUGAGCCAAAAGCAUUUCUUCACUAUUUCAAAAUUACUCAUUCUUGAUUGUGAUCAAUGAUUUUAAAGAGCAAUUUAGUUUUUUUAUUGUUAGUUUGAAUUAAUUGAUAAGCAAAAUAGUUAAGUGAAUAGAAUAGUUGUGUAGCAGAACAGUUUAAAAAUGGAUUCAACUCAAUAUAAACUCCCACCGAACCCAUCCGAUAGUGCAAAUUUCUUAUCAAACAUAUUUUCUAUAUGGCUUUUUCCAUUUUUUAAAAAAGGAUACGAAAAAGUGCUGACAUUUGAGGAUAUGUUUAAAACAAGAGAACAAGAUAAAUCAGAAUUGCUUGGAAAUCGUUUAGAAACAAAUUGGAAUCAACGUACAUCAAAGCGAAACUCACUGUUAUCAACGAUAAUUGCAACAUUCUGGAAAGAUUAUGCACUAUUGGCUCUAUUAUGUUUUGUUAACGAUAUUGUCUUUCGAUUGGGACAACAAUUCCUCUUGGGAUUAUUUCUUCAGUACUUCGGCAAAGACUCAACGACAACAUACAAUGAGGCUGUUUUAUAUGGAGCUGGAAUAGUAGUUUUGAAUGGACUUAAUGCACUAACUUAUAAAAAUAUUCUUGAUCUUUCAUUUAACAAUGGCAUGAAGGUUCGACUGGCGGUUUGCAGCCUCAUAUACCGCAAAGCAUUACGUCUAUCGCAAACAGCUCUCGGUGAAACAUCACCCGGUAAAGUUGUAAAUUUGUUAUCCAAUGAUGUAAAUCGUUUCGAGUGGGCUACUUUCUUCAUAAAUAAUUUGUGGAUAGCACCUUUACUAACGUCCAUUGUUGGCUACCUAAUUUGGACAGAAAUUGGAUAUGCUGGAUUGGUUGGCAUUUUUGUGGUUUUUAUGAUUGCUCCGAUGAUGAGUUACGCUGGAAAACUGACAUCAAAAUUUCGUCUUCAAACUGCAAUUUUAACUGACGAGCGGAUUCGAUUUAUGGAUGAAAUAAUAUCUGGUGUUCAAGUUAUCAAAAUGUACGCUUGGGAGAAGCCAUUCACCAAGCUCAUCACUUAUGCUCGCAAAAUGGAAUUGAAGGUUAUUCAAAAAACUUCCUUUAUCCGAGCAGUUCACAUGAGUGCAAUGUUAUUCACAACACGGUUGGCACUAUUUUUUACAAUGUUGGCAAUCGUGUCGAUUGAUGGCCCAAAUGCAAUCACACCGGAUCGGAUUUUCGUAAUAUCUGGAUAUUUUUCACUUGUUUCGCAUGUGAUGUCACAACGCUAUGCACGAGGCAUUGCAGAGACGGCUGAGGUUUUUGUUGCACUUGGCCGCCUGGAAAGCUUUCUACACUUGGAUGAAAAGAAAACACAUAUUGAAAAUAAUCAAGAAAAUGGCAUGAAAAACGGCACGGCAACACAAAAGAUGGGCAACGACAUUCAACUAAAUGGUCAAAAAAAUGAAUUAUCCAAUUCAAACAUAGCAAUUUCAAUGAAAAACGCAACCGCUUGCUGGACCAUACCAACUCUCGACUAUACUUCGAAUGGGAAAUUUAACAAAAACAAAAAUGGAAAAGACAAAGAGACCAAGACCAAGAACAACGAUCUUGAACAAGAAGAGUGUCUUACAAAGUUGAAUAUCGAUUUUCCCAAUGGAAAAUUAAUCGGAGUGAUUGGCACAGUCGGUUCAGGGAAAUCGUCAUUACUGCAGGCCAUUCUACGUGAAUUACCACUGAAAUCUGGCACGAUUAAUGUGAAUGGAUCUAUUUCUUAUGCAUGUCAAGAGGCAUGGGUGUUUGGGGCGUCUGUGAAACAAAAUAUUUUAUUCGGCGAAGAAUAUGAUCGCGAUCGAUACAAUGCUGUGAUCCGAACUUGUGCGCUGGAAAAAGACUUCGAACAAUUGGAAAAUGGAGAUCGUACCAUUGUCGGAGAGCGAGGAAUGAGUCUUAGUGGUGGCCAGAAGGCUCGUAUCAAUUUGGCACGAGCAUGCUAUCGGAAGGCGGACAUUUAUUUAUUAGACGAUCCAUUGAGUGCGGUUGACGCUCAUGUUGGCACUCACAUUUUUGAGGAGUGUAUUGGACCCAAAAGUCGUUUGGCAAAGCAAAAAGCAACACGUAUUUUGGUAUCACAUCAAGUUCAUUUCCUCAAAGAGGCUGAUUGGAUUAUUAUUUUGAAAGAUGGAGAGGUUAAAGUUCAAGGUACUUUGGAUGAUUUAUACAAAAGGGGUGUUGAUUUUGUUAAAAUGAUUGGAAUAACUGAAACACCCGAAGUGACAGAGGUGUUUCCAGUUUUUAGUCGACAAAACUCUGUUACUUCAUCGCAAUCGUCAACAUCACUAGAAUCCAUGGUAUCACGUGCAAAUUAUGAUGAGAAAAAAGAAAAACAUUUCUUAAUGGAGAAUUUUGCAGAACGGAAAGUGAAAGGAUCACUUUUAGUAAAUUAUUUGAGGGCAGGAACUAAUUGUCCGACUUUAUUUAUUAUAUUCUUUGCCUUCAUUUUCGCUCAAUUCUUGGCUAGCGCUGUAGAUUACUUCGUGUCAAUUUGGACGAAACAAGAAAUGAUGCGUUCACACCAAACAAAUGACAAUCCAUCGUUUAUAUUAAGUACGGAACAAUGUAUUUAUAUUCAAGGAAUAUUACUUGCAGCAAUGACUAUAUUCGGAAUAGCAAGAUUAAUUGGCUAUUUCACAGUUUGUGUUCGAAGUUCACAAAAUAUUCAUAAUUUCAUGUUCAACGGCAUAAUAUCAACAACGAUGAGAUUUUUUGAAUCGAAUCCUUCUGGAAGAAUACUAAAUAAAUUUUCAAAAGAUCUGGGAGAAGUAGACGAGAACUUUCCCAAGUCGCUGAAUGAUACAGUACAAACUUUUAUGGCAAUUUUUGGUACGCUUAUUGUAACUUCAAUAGUUAACCCAUAUUUCCUAAUCCCGACGUUCAUCUUAAUGAUAAUCAUCGUUUUACUUCGAAAAAUUUAUUUAAAAACAUCGAAAAAUGUCAAACGACUUGAAGGAGCUGCAAAAUCUCCGGUAUAUACUCAUAUUGCGGCUACUUUGAAUGGGUUGACAACUGUUCGUGCAUACAAAGUCGAAGAGAUACUAAAAAGAGAAUUCGACAAUCAUCAAGAUACCCAUACUACCUGCUAUUUUAUGGGUUCAUCGACAGUUGCCACGUUUGGAUUUUGUUUGGACAUAGUGUGCACCAUAUUUAUCUGUUGCUCAAUUUUUUAUUAUAUAUUAUUCGAUCAGGAAGUUUCUAAUGAAAAGAUUGGCUUAGUUGUAUCGCAAGCUAUAGGUCUUUCCAGUAAAGUUUCAUGGGCGGUGAGACAAAGCGCCGACGUUGACACUCGAUUGGUCGCUAUUGAACGUGUUUUGGAAUAUCGUGAUUUGGAAUCGGAAAAACAGCCUGAAAAGCCCGCAGUCAUCACGAGCGAUUGGCCAUCGAGUGGCUGCAUUGAAUUCCGAAAUGUGUUCUAUCGGUAUUUCGCCGAGGCCAAACCAGUUUUACAAGAACUAUCGUUUGUGAUCAAACCAAAAGAGAAGAUAGGAAUUGUUGGGAGAACGGGAGCCGGUAAGAGUUCAUUGAUUGGCGCCCUUUUCCGUUUG